CCGCGCGGGUUGGGGGCUGCGCUUUUAACUUCAGAUGCUUCCGACUCCAUUGUGGUUUGCCAUCCAGCUGCCGUCGCCGCCGCCGCUCCUUCGAGCUGGAUAUUCCCUUCUCGCUUUGCAAGGGAUGUAGAGCGCCCGUCUCUCUCUUUGUCUCUCCCGGCUGCCCUGGGAGUUGGGCGGCACGAGCGGGGGCCCUGACGCCCCGGGGACGGAGCCCGCUGCCCUUGGUUCAUAAGCGGGAGCUUCCAGAUAUUUUUCCUGUGAAGACAACCAGAUAUUUCAGAGGGAAAUGGCCCAGGCACAUUCUGCACAGAUCCAGCAGGAUCUCUUAGGCUCUGAUCAAGAAAGACUCUACAGAGAAGUGAUGCAAGAGAGUUAUAACACCAUCUUCAGAGCUUCUCCUCUUCAGCUUCAAAAAUCUGAACUCCUGGCGCAUCUAAAACGAGGACAGGAAGGACUUCAGAGUUCCAGCAAUGGUACUGAUCAAAAGCUGGUUAAAGAAGCCCGGAAGAAAUGGCCAGAAGCAGGAACCUGGUGGAAUUCCUACCGGAGUCCCGUGAGCGUGCCCACUUCAGAUUCAUCGAGUUCAGCAGACGAUGACGUCACAAGCGAGAAGGAAGAGGAGGAGAGCGUUCAAUGGAAGAACCAGCGGAUUGGGAAGCCACGGGCUGCUUUGUUAGGCCAAUGGGAGAGCGUCCAGCGGCAGGGGAAAGCGUGCAAGAUUCAGCAUAGCCGCCUGCAGAACUCUCGCCCCAGUGUUAAUUGUGCUGAUGUAAAAAAGAAAGGCCUUCUUGCCGGCAGUGACAGCCAGCAAGGAAUUAAUACUGAAGAGGGCCAGAAUGAAUGCACUGUAUGUGGGAAAAGCUUUGGCAGGAGAUCAUCCCUCAUCAGACACUUCAAAGUCCACAGUGGAGAUAAACCUUUUAGGUGCUCCAUCUGUGGCAAGUGCUUCCUGGCGAAAACCAGCCUGGUUUUACAUAAAGAGAGUAUGCAUAAAAAACGAAGAGGAAAGAAAUGUUGGGAAUGUCGUGAGUGCGGGCAGAGCUUUGCCACGAAAGCCUUUCUGAUGGAGCAUCGUGAGAUGCACAGCGGUGAGAAGACGUAUCCGUGCCCUGCCUGUGAGAAAAGCUUCGCGGAAACCAGGCACCUCGUGAAGCAUCUUAUGACCGCUCACUCAGGGGAGCAUGUCUUCAAGUGCCCUGUCUGUGGCAAAGGCUUCAUGAAGGAGAAGGACCUCAUGAGGCACCGAGCAAAGAACCACGGGAAGAGCCACUGCUUUCUAAGUCUGGACGAUGAAAACGGCUGCAAGGAAAAACCAUCCCCAGUCAAACACAAGAGACUUCAUUUGAACCCCGACAUUCUGCCUCGUGCCACGUACGAAGGAAACGCUGGGGUGGGGCGCGCCCUUCGCUGUGCUCAUUGCGGGAAGUCUUACAAGCAGGAGAAAGCUUUUAUUAAUCAUCAGAAUGUUUGUGUGAGACAGCAACCAAGUGCUGAAGGGAAAAUCCCCAAGGGAGACGGUCCUCCACUCACUAAAAACCAGAUCACCCACGUGGAAAUGAACGAUAACACUUGCUUUGACUGUGGAAAACCCGUCUGCAAAAGUUCACCGCUGGCCUCUGAGCCCAAGACGGACCAGGAGACAAACCUCCAGGUGUGCCCGGAAUGUGGGGAAAGCUUUAGAGACGGCCAAUGUUUUGCAGACCACCUGAGAAGCCACCAAGAGGCGCCAUCUUCUCAAAACGCUUCCAGUUGCAAGGGCCUCGGGGGAAAAACACUGCCCAUUGGCCGGCAGGAAACGCAGGAGAAGAAGAGCCGCUACCAGUGCCAAGGCUGCCGGCGAGACUACUCGACUCAUUAUAACCUCAGGAGGCACCAACGCAUCCACACGGAAUGCCGGUCCAGAAGGAACGCUCACAAGGGGAAGGAUGCCGCCUGCAGCUGGUUCUUCCUAGAUUUUCAGAAAGGCCGUGGCGGCAAAGAACCGGCCCUUCAGCACAAGUGCACCUACUGCGGGAAAGGGUUCAAAACGAAAAGCACCCUCGGUCGACAUCAGCAGAUCCACAUCAAAGGCAAGCCUUACAAAUGCAGCAUCUGCGGGAAAGCGUUUGUCUACUGGUACACCCUUGCUCAUCACCAAGAAAUCCAUCUGGAAGACCAGCUCUACCAGCACAAGUGCUCCUUCUGUACGAAAGCCUUCAGGACCCCGUCUGCCCUCCGCCGACAUCAGCAGCUGCACAAGGAAGGCAAGCCGUACAUCUGCAACAUCUGUGGGAAAGCUUUUGCCUACAGGUACAACCUCACCCAUCAUCGGGAAAUACACGUAGAAGGGCAGAUCUAUAAGUGCUCUUUCUGCUGGAAAGCCUUCCGAACCAGCUACUCCCUCAGCCGGCACAAGCGCAUCCACACGGAGACCAGGUCCUACCAAUGCCCUACUUGCAGGAAAGCCUUUGGAACAAAGUAUUCCCUUUGGAGGCAUCAGGAGAUGCAUGUGAAAGAGGAUCCAGACAGUUUGCUUGGCGGGAAAGAGGCUGGGGAUGACUUGGACAGAGAUCAAGCUAGCGGUAGCGAUGACAGCGUGGACAAACAGGUUGCCAGUUCGGUCCACUCUCAAUACCAGGGAGUCCACAAGGAAAAAAAACCUGAAGGUUCUGGGAAUAGGAGCAGCUCACCCCUUCCCAAUCAUCAAAGCCCCCGCAUAGAAGAAAAUGCUGUUAAACAGUUGGACAGUCAGACUUUCAGGAACGUUGAGUUAGGGGUUAAAAGUCAAGACAGGCCUAUAAAAGGAGAGAUCCAGCAGUGGACCAACGGUUCGGUGUACACAGGACAGGGAGUCCGAUCGGAGGAAUGUCCCCCAGGGUCCUCUGAAAACGGGCAAGUUUUCUUAGGCCGCUUGGAAAACCAGGCCAUUAAAGAGCCAGCUGACUGGUGUUUCCUAGGUAAAUUGCCCGGUGUUGGUCAACAGGGAAUGGUCCUGCAGGAAAAGAAAUAUACUUGCUCUAAUUGUGGGAAGUCCUUUAGAGAUAAAUACUCCCUUACGAGACAUCAGAAAGUCCACAUUCCUGAGAGACCCUAUCCGUGUCCCAGGUGUGAGAAAAGUUUCCGCAGCGCUAAAGACCUGGAGAAGCAUCAGAUAACCCAUUCGGAUCUGAGGCCUCAUCAGUGUGGAGAAUGCGGGAAAUGCUUGAAGACGAAAUACUCGCUCGAUAAGCAUCAGAAGACCCACAAAGGGGAAAAGCCGUUUUGCUGCUCUUACUGUGGCCGAAGGGUUACCACGAGCACCAUUCUUCGGUAUCAUCAGAGAACCCACACCGGGGAGAGGCCGUAUAAAUGUGCAGUGUGUGAUAAAAGUUAUAUCAGCAAGUGGUCCCUUAAAAAACAUUUGGAGCUGCAUUACAAAACGAGUCUGCCAAAGGACCCUCAGGAAGCAGAUCCGCUCGAUCAGAAAUUUUAAGGUGUCUUUGUCACUUGUGGGUGAAGAAACGGGAUACCUUUCUGGUCCAUAAAGGUUGGAGGCCUUUAGAAUUCCCAGGUUCUUUCUAAGCCCAGUGACUAGCUACCUCAGAAACAGAUUUUUGAAUGUACUUUACCUUUCCAAUCUCGAAUCCUUCUGACAUCUUUGCUCCAAAAAUGAACAUCCUUGUCACGAAGAGCCUGUAAAUAAAGAGGCUCCGUUUAUUUUGAAUGAGUGGACUUGACUGAGAACUUGGCUGCUGGAAAAAGUGAUAAGAGCAUUGAUCCUACAGUUUAGAGUGAAGGCAAUGAUGGGUUUGAGCUGUCUUUCAUUUCUUAAUAUUGUUUUCCCAUUGUGAAAAGCAAAUGUGUUUAAAAUAAUUCCUCUUCUGCAGUGUGUAUAUGUUAAAAAAAAAAAGAGACACAGGACAAUUUUGUCAAAAUAUUUUAAGCGUGGGUGAGAAGGUUGUAGUCUUGUUUUUCAUAAUGAAAAUACUUCUGGUUUAUGCAGUGAAUGAUAAAACAGAUUAAAUACAUGAAGUUUUUCCAAUGCACUUCGCAUCGCAAAGAAGACAUUCAAGGGUCAAAUAUUCUAAAUCUUCCAAAUGUUAGGAAUUUGCAUUUUGGGAUCUGUAGUCAAUAAUACAAAACAGUUUUCCAUACAUUUUAGGACCUGUUUUAAAUUGAAAGCCAUUGUUUUACCAUUGGUAAAGUAAUUCAGAAGUUCAUUGACACUCUCUCUCUCCCUCUCGCCUGCUGGUACCACUGCCAUGUUACACGAUAGGGAAGAAGGAAUCUCAAGUUAUUGGAACUGCAAGGAAGAUGCAGGCUUUCUCUUAAACGAGGGAGAUCUACUAGUAUGCUGUCUUGGUUGCAAGUAGAAGUUUUACAGACAAAAAUGAAAAGUUAACUUCCUUGGACGAUGUCCCUACCAUUUUCAGUUAUGCUUGCUUGAAAUGUUACCAGCUGUAAAGGAUCUGAAGCUACAAGAAGUGGAAAGUCACAGUAUUAUACUGAUACCAAAUACCGAAAUGCAAAAUCAGAAUUCUCUAAUUUUAAAUAAAGUGGAAAGUCCCAGUGUUACGGUGAAUUAAGAAAUACUGAAGUAUAAAGUCAGAAAAGUUGGAAUUUUUUUAAUAAUAUGUAAGGACCCUAAAAUGAUUGUAUGAAAUCUGUUUUAAAUGAAAAUGUUUGUCAGUCGGGAAUCUUGCAUGGACAUUUUAUGACUGUAGCUGUUUUAUUGGGAGAAUUGCAAUUUGCUACAGGUUAUUAAGUAAAGCGUGAGUUGCAUUAUUUCUAGUGUCAGUUCUUUAUAAAAUAUUUGUUUUCUGCA